GUGCUUUCGAUUGGCCACCGAAGCUAACCACGCAAAGUAGACGUUACUGGGGUUUCUUAGCCAUCUAGGGGAAACGAAAUGGAGGGGUGUGUGUCUAACCUAACGGUGUGUAACCUGGCCUACAACGGGAAGCUGGAGGAGUUAAAGGAGAGCAUCCAGUUCGAUAAGUCCUUGGCUACUAGAACUGACCAGGACAGCAGAACUGCAUUGCAUUGGGCAUGCUCAGCUGGACAUACAGAAGUUGUUGAAUUCUUGCUGCAACUUGGAGUGCCAGUGAAUGAUAAAGAUGAUGCAGGUUGGUCUCCUCUUCAUAUUGCUGCUUCUGCUGGCCGGGAUGAGAUUGUAAAAGCCCUCCUGGGAAAAGGUGCCCAAGUGAAUGCUAUCAAUCAGAAUGGCUGUACUCCCCUACAUUAUGCAGCUUCAAAAAAUAGACAUGAGAUUGCUGUCAUGUUAUUAGAAGGUGGAGCGAAUCCAGAUGCUAAGGACCAUUAUGAAGCUACUGCAAUGCACCGGGCAGCAGCCAAGGGUAACUUGAAGAUGAUUCAUAUCCUUCUGUACUACAAAGCAUCCACAAACAUCCAAGACACUGAGGGUAACACUCCCCUACACCUAGCCUGUGAUGAGGAGAGAAUGGAAGAAGCAAAACUGCUGGUGUCACAAGGAGCAAGCAUUUACAUUGAGAAUAAAGAAGAAAAGACACCCCUGCAAGUGGCAAAGGGUGGCUUGGGUUUAAUACUUAAGAGAAUGGUGGAAGGUUAAACAGUUUGGAUCUAUUCUUAUUUUGUAAGUUUUGUCAUGCCCAUUGUUCUGGAACCUAAUGUUGUGCACAAGGUAUUAUGUAUGAAUAGUGACAGUUUCUCACUUUUAAAAUCUUAGAAACUUAUGUUGGAUUGGUCCUGCUGAGGUACUUGUUCUAAUCUUUGAACCUGCUUUCCAAGCAUUGAAUAACUGUUGAGGUUGUUCUGUUGUCAUAUAGUAUACCGUAUUGGAUUUUGGGUCAUUUUGAGUGAGUAUGGCUGUCAUUUUUUGGCUAUUGUGAGUCUUGUGUUAUCUUCCAAGCACCUUCUUGCCCUCUGUGAAGCAGAACAACCCCAAGAGCAUUCUAAUUGGCCAUCCUGUGUUCCACCCUUAAAACAUCCUUACUUGUCUUCAAGCUUGCUCAGAGGCCUGUGCCAAAUAUUUCUGUAUUUUCACCCAUGAAGCUUACUUUAUUUUUGUUACAGGAGGAAUACUUACAUAUUUUAAUGGACCAAAUUGUAGAGGGUAUGUUUUGAAAGAAUGUGGAACAAUAGCCUGUAUACCCAUGUAUCUUUUUAAUGAGCUGGUUUGCCAGAAACAAGUUGUAUCACUUUUUAAAGGAAAAUUUAAAAAUAUCUGUAUGUAAUCACCUUUUAUUGAAAAGAAGGUUAAGCUUGUUAAACAAUGGCAAUAUAACAAAUGUAUUUUCAUUUGUAUUUCAAAAAAUAAAAUAUUGGAAGAAUCCCCCAA